AUGAGGCGGCUCAAGCUCACCGGGGCUAGGGCCGGGCAGACCGAGGUCGCUCCUCGAGGUCCAGACCGCCGCGCUGGGAGCCCGGAGAGCCAGCUCGUCAGCCUCGGAGAGUCUCGGGUCGCUGAGGAGCACGCGGCGACGGAGGGGGCCGCAGGGGUCUCGGGGUCACGGCGCUGGACGGGAGGCGGGGAUGGCGGGGGUGGCGGGGUACGUGCUGGCCUCGGCGUGGUCAGCUCCCGCCCCCAGCAAUCCGCGUUGGGGUCCCAAGCUUUUUGCUGCCGGCGCGUCCACACAAGCUCUUCGUCCCGGCCUUGGGCUCCCUGGAGUCCGUUCCCGUACUCGACGGUCCUCACUCUACGGCUGGCGCGCCGCAUACUCCGUAGCCGCACGCCGGCUAGCUACAGCCCCCGGCUGGAGGCGGCCGGAGGAGGCGGGCGGGCCCACCUGCGGCGCCGGGACCGAGGCCGACUUCAGGCCUCACCUGAGACACUGGAGAACCGCUCGGUGGCGCCCGGGAGCAGGGAGAAAGGCGGCGCCGCAGACGGAGGGGGUGGCUGGACGUUGCGGGCCCCUUUUCCGCAGACAGGCGGCUCCUUGCAGGAGGGGGUGGAAUGCGGCCGGGGCUGCGCGGAGGCCUGGGGUACGCUGCGCGGGGCCGCACUCCGGGGCUCCGGGGGCGGUGGCGGGGCCUGUACUGCGGGUGCAGUAGUUGGCGGCUACCCGGGGAGUGAUGCCUCAGAGAGUGAUAUCCUUUGGGUUGAUGGAGAAGAUGGGGUAUCCCUCAUACACCCCUGCAGUGAACCCUACCUAUAGCCUCUGGCAGUCAUGGAGAGCCAUGGAGAAGUGGAGAUCUGAUCGCACCUCAGGUCUGGUCAUUGCCUUUUGAAAGACUGCCAAUGGCAGGCAGGGCUCUGGUUAGCCAAAUGCAUGUGCCCAGGGGGCACGGAGCUAGCUGCAGAUACCUGUCACUUGCACCUGCCCACUCUACCAGGCCCUCUGGUUCUGUUGGUGACUGUCAUUGUGACCUCUACACUAAGCCUCCUUAUGGUGUGUGGGGUCCUGAUUCCAGUGAACCAUAAGAAGUGUCAGGGCCUGUGGGGGACGAGGCUGCCAGGCCCUGAGCUUGAGCUGAGCAAUCCUUGAACCUCCAUCAUCAGGACAGUCCUCAACCCCUACCACUGCUAGGCGGGGUGUGGCUAGACCCAGCCCUGGCCGCCCCCAGGGCCUACAGAAGUUUCCCCAGCCAAUGUCAGCCUGCUUGCCCUGGGCCAUGGUACCUUUAGAAAAGUCCAUGAGGGACUGGUAAUUGGCCUUCCUGGGGACCCCAGCCCCCUGCAGGUGGCUGUCAAGACCCUGCCAGAACUCUGUUCUGGUCAGGAUGAGCUGAUUUCCUCACGGAGGGCUCACCAUUGCUCGGGUAUGUGCACCCCCACCCAGCAAGUUCAGCUGUCAGAACACUGUGCGCUGUUGCGGCUUCGCCUCUGGACUGCCCCUCGCCUAAUUCUGCUCCAGUUGAUGUCUGGAGAGGAUGUAAGGAGUGUCCUGAGGAACAGCCAGCCACACUUGGGCCAGCCAUUACCUCUGGCCAUGCGUGACCUGCUCCAUCUGGCCCAAGACAGAGCCCCGGUCUGCCACUACCUGGAAGAAAAUCACUUCAUCCAUACUUUGGGAGUGAUCCUGACUCACAGGGAUGUUGCCACCAGGAGCUGCCUGCUGAACUGUACUGGGCCCAGCUGAGUGGCCAAGAUUGGAGACUUAGGGUUGGAAAGAGAUAUCUACAGAGCUGCUUAUUACAGAGAGGUGCCAGGCAGGUGGAUGCUAGAGGCCUUCUUGGAGGGCAUCUUCACAUCCAAAACAAACUCCUGGUGUUUGGGGGUGCUGCUCUGGAAAGUCUCAUUAGGCUACAUGCCCUAGCCUGGGUGCACCAACCCGGACGUGCUGUACUUCGUUGCUGGAGAUGGACGGAUGGGCCCUCCCCGGGGCUCUCCAGGGCCUGUGUACCAUAUCAUGACCCAGGGUUGGCAGCACCAGCCUGAACUCCACCCCAGUUUUGCUGGCAUCUCAAAGCAUCUCAGAUACCGUAUUCAGGACCCUGAUGUGCCGAAUUCACCCCUGCCAAUGGAGCUGGGGCCCAUCCUGGAGCAGGAAGGGACUUCUGGGCUGGAGAGCAGGUCUUUGGAGCCCCACACGCCUAGAAACUGA